CAUCAAAAGCAUUGCUGACAUAUGUAUUACGAACUCAAAAUAAAGGAAACCAAAACUCUCAUAAUGACCAUCCUUACACUUCUAAUCGUGGUUGUGCCUAUUCAUUGGAUGAUUCAGGCUGGCCUGAGUGUUGUGACAUCAGACUCAUGUUAAAGACAAUGGACGAUUGAUUAAAAUAUGAAGGGCAAUCUUGAUGAAACUUAUGCUAGAUUUGCGAAGAAUUGUUAUUGAUUUAUAUGCAAAAAUGUGCAAUUAAUAUUUAUAAAUAAUGAAAUAAAAUCCCGCAGCACCACCAACAAAAUAAUAGCCACAAUAACAACCUCCUGCCAAAGACCCUCCAAAAAGCACUGGUAAACCAAAUGAUUAAAAAUAACAAUAACCAUAAUAACAACAGCCAAUUCAACAACCCAAAACUGCUUAGGCAUCUCCACCAAAAAAAGAAACUGUCAAGGCUUCAACAAAUGAUAUAGUAAUUUUUCUAUUUUAUGGCAUGUAGGAUCACAUCUAAAAGAUGAAGCAAACUAUGAUGGACUUUUAAAAUAAGUAUUUUGAAACUCUCAAAAAUAAGUAAGAUUCCAUUUCUCAAAAGCUAUCAUUAAGAAAUGCUGAAAGAGUUGAAGAUAAAAUCCUGAAUGCAAUUCGUAAAGGAGUCUUACAAUUAGAAAAUUCCAAAUACAAUUAUGUUGAAGGACAUAUGAUGGAUAAAAAGGUCUUGAUUGUCGAAAAGGAAAAGGAUUAAUUGCAAACCAAACUAUAAAAUGUUGAUACUGAAUUGAAAACUCUCAAAAGUCAGAAAAUCAACAACGCUUAUAGUGCCUACAGUCAGCCCACUCUCAAAUUGUAUAUGCAAGAGGAGAAUCUGAACAAGUAACAAUAAGCCCAAGAGACAGUUUAGAAGAUCCAAAAUGAAGCUAAGACAAGAAGAGAAAAAACUAAUAAGAUAUUGAGUGAGAAAGAGAAGAGGGAGAAGGAAGAAGAAGAAAGGAAAAAAUAAGAAGAUGCUUUCAAAACAUAAUAAUUAAAAGAACAGUUACAUACUAAAUUGAGAGAAAAUAUAGAAGAUCUGAAGGCUAAAUAAAAGCAGCGACUCGAAAAAAUGGAUAAGAUGGAAGACGAGUAUUUUAAGAGUUUGAAUGACAAAUUAUCAAAAAUGAACAAGGAAAGAGCAUUAAUUGCCUCAGUAGAUAUUCCUAAGGUUAAAUUGAAACCCUAUAAAAAUGAAGGUCAGAAAAAAGAUAAGAAGAAAAAGAUUAGACCCAAGAGUGCAUCUCCUAAUAGUAAAAUCUUACAUCCACCAAAGAAAAUUGAAAUCGAAUAGCCUCUAUAUAUGAGAGUUUUAGAUAAGUAUAAUAAAAAGAUACAAAAAUAACAAUAAAUUGUUAAUCAAGAGAGAAAAAUGAGAAUGGAAAAGAAUGAAUUUUAUAAUUAAGAAUAUGAGGACCACAUGAAGGAAUAUUUAAAGAAACUCAAAAUGAAGAGGAGAGAAUACGAAGAAAAAAGAAUGAAAGCACUUGAGAAAUUAGGUUUAGAAGCUGGUAAAUAUAGUUAAAAUGUUAAUGCAAGUUUUGAUUCCAAAUUAUGGUUAUUGUAAGAGUCUAGAGUUAAUAAAUCUCUUGAUGAUAUCUCUGUUAUUCCUAAAGAAACCUUGAUUAAUUAAGCCAAAGAAAAAAAAUCAAAAUUAAAGAAACCAUUAAAAUCCAAAAAGAUAAAGAAAAAGAGGAAGAAUUACUUGUUUAAAGGGAUAAAACAAUCCAUCCCGAAAGAUAUAUUAGAAUGGUCAAAAAAAAUGACAAAGAAUAAGAAAAGGAACCUGAGUUUGAAAUCUACCAAAGAGAAGAAGAAGCCAGAUAAUAAAGAGAAAAAGAAUUUAAAGAAAAAGAAAAGGAGAGAUUUUUAAAAUUAUAAGAAAAGACUAAAAAGGACCUUGAAUAAUCAAUCAUAUUGA